AUGUUUUUGAGACGAUUUGUCAACGAUAGAGGUUUGCUUCGAGGACUACGUCCAGCAAGCAAUUUGCUCGCAAGAACUGGUGCAGUAAGAACAUAUUCUGCUGGGCAGAAAAGAGCGCCAAAGAAGGAUGAUUUGCCGAGUUUUACAAAAAUAGCCUUGGUAGGUGUUGUUGGUACCAUCAUUUUUGUGGAAGCAGUGAAAUCACUCGACAAAAACAAGCCCAAAAACUCAUAUUCGGAAUCGGAGUUUGAAAGUGCGAUGCAGGGCACAAAGCGCCGGAAACUGAUGUUUGAGCCUGGCCAGCUGCACAUUGUGUUGGCAACACCAGACUUGCCAGAAACUGCGGUACAGAAACAUACACCAAAGGCCAAAAUAGUGGACGUCCGGGAGGUAGUGGAACACUACAGACAUCAGCCAAACGAUAAGUAUUACGCGCUUUUGAAUGAUAUUCAAGAUUCCCACGGCAGUAGCUAUCAAGAAUAUCUGCCGCGUGGUUUGUUGGUAAUGCUUGUCGGGCGCUAUUUGCAAGAAACUUGUAAAGAGGGCGACAGUGUUGCGGUGACCAAUUUCCCACUCAAUAUGCAAGAUGCUAUCAAAUUUGAGAACGAAGUUGGCAUAGUCGACAAAGCCCUUUUCACAAGCCCACACGCGGAUUCUGAAUUGAGCAAAUACUACCAGACAGUGAAUAAAGUAGAGGUCUUGGAAUGA